AAAAUAUAUUUGUCAAAUACAUAAUAAAUGAUUAACAACCGGCAAAACGCACGCCUAUGCGUUUGGCGGUCGCCAAGCAACGUACAAAAUAAACAAACAAACUUCAUCUUGACGGCGGUGAGUGUCGGGAGUUGUCGAGAGGUUUGAUUGGCGAAGGGGGGCGUGGAGGAGACCCGCGAUGGAGCCCCAAAUCACCAACAAAUGCGGCAGGAAGAGGCGGCCGAGCCAGAUCAAAGACGCCUCUGGCCGGCUUCUAAGGCUGCCGCCCAUCAAAUUCGACAGGGACGCCGACAUGAUACCAUUCCACAUUCCGCACAAGUCGCAGAUUGAGAAAGUAGAAUAUAAGAAGAAAGAGCAUGAACCCUUAAGUGGUUUUUUGGCCCGUCAGGAGAAAAGCUCGGAUUACCGCAUUAAUCUACCAUCGAUUGAUGCUCCAAAGAUUAAAUUUGCCGAUGACGAUGACGAGCAUGAAGAGGGCUUUAAAGAAGAACAUGAGGAAGAGGAGGGCGUUGUUUUGCCUCAUCACAAGCUUAAAGGUGUCGCUGACCAAUCUGAGUGGAUACAAAAUAUGCGCCAAAGAACUGACGGCGGUUUCGUUUACUUUACUUUUAUUGUUGAUAGCUCGUCUGAGCAUUACACCCCUUACGCAGUAAGGGAAGUUCCUUAUUCAGAAGUUGACAAGAAAAAUUUUUUCACAAUGAGCGCUAAAGGUGUCUUGCAACACAUCGGCAAUGAAGCUAUAUUCACAUCCCUGGAAGUUUGGGAAGCUGAGUACAACAUGUAUUGCAGAUUGAUGAGGAUUAAGUCCUUUUUCCGGUUUAGAAUGUGGAAAGGAUUCUAUGUGUGGAGAAAAGCCAUAAUUUUCAAGAAGUACAGCAAAGCCCAAAGGUACAUCAACAACAACUUAUUCAUUCUGAACCCGAUCAUGAGAGAUGGUUUGCUCAACAUAAGGCAAAUGUGCGUCAAGAUGACGCCCAUUAUAUUCACCGACGUUUCAUCGAUACAAGAGCGCUACAUAUUUUAUUUCGUCGAAGAUCAAAUGCGCAAAAUGGAAACGAUACAGAAAAAGUUGGAGGAGUUCAGAGAAGUUGCCAGAGACGUUAUUUUAAGUGCUUGUUAUGGUGCGCUUUUGGCCAAAGGUUUUGUCGUUGAUGAGAGAAAAUUGGAGGAGUAUACAAAAAGUAAAAAAGGAAAAAAGAAGGAAAUCUCGCAUAUUGACCAAGCCAACAAAAAGAAGUUUUGCAUGAGAUUGUCCUGUUUCAUAACACUUUGCGACUACCUAAUGGUUGACAUGAUGCAUGACAUGAUCUUAAACUCGGUGAAAGCUUUAAACGAAGCUUUGGACCUCCAUUUUCAAUUUCUACCAUCCACAGAACGUGUGGACACGAUCGAGUUUAGCGACACAGUAGAGAUACCACGAGAAACGCAUCCAAUGUUGCCAUUGGUUUUGGUGUCUAUAAUGUUAUCCCCUGAAGAAAUUUUUAUGGAUCCCCCAUUAGAUAUAGUUAUUGAAAUAAUUGAUCAAGUUAUUGAUUUGUGGAUUCAUCACACUACCAGGAUGCCCACUCUUGUUGGUGAUGAUGUCUACUUGGACUUUACAAAACCCGUUAUAAACUUGGUGGUGUCUCCCAGAAUUUGCGGUUUUGGUCCCGGUUUGGCCUUCUAUCUGGCUAUAGAUGAGAAUUUAAAGCAAUACAGGCAAAACACCGUGGAUUUUUUUACUAUUAACUACAAUUUGGCCAAUGUGUAUUUGGAACGUUUGGGUUACAUUAGAGACUUCUUUGCUGAGGAUUUAAAUACUAAUGAGGAAGUUAUCCAAAAUGAAAUAAAUUUGGAGGUGUUUAGAAGUUGGUGCAUCAGAUACCGUAAAGAAGAGGAAACAAUAGAAAACUUGCUGAAUAAACAACCUUUUGGUAUUUUAUAUCUGCAGUUUGAAAUUAUGAAGAAAAACUCGUUGCCGGAACCCAGAAGACUAAGAGCUGUCGUGGAAAAAGUUUUGCCAUGGAUUGGUAAAAUAAAAAUCGACAAGCUGGUGGACGAGGUGAACGAGGCGUUGGAGUACUUGGAGGUGGAACCGGUGGAGACUAUCGAGUUUGUGCACUAUCUGGAGUACUUGGAAAAGGCCACGGCCCUCGUUGACGACAUGGAAGUGGUUUUCGAUUAUUGCAAGGAUCUGUACGACAUUCUGGAAGAGUUUGAGAUUCAAACUGCGGUCGAGGAAAUCAACAAUUACCUGAGCAUCAGCGUAUCGUUGGGUAACUUGAGGAACUUCGUGGACAAGAAGCUCGACGAAAUCCCCAAGAUUAUCAAGAAGUUUACUGAACAGUUGAAUAAGGAUUCGAAUGCCAUUUUGAAGGAGCUGGGCGAUAUUAAAGACCUGUGCAUGCAACCUUGGUUGUACGAUAUCGAUUCGAACAUUGAAGAAGUUAAGGAAUUUCUCUCCGAUCUUCACGACAGGUUGCAAAGCUGCCUGGAAAAAUCCGUGGAGAUUAAAAACUACCAGAAACAAUUUAGGCUUGAAGUCACACGGUUCGACGUUCUGGACGAAGUGAUGGGCGACGUGAAACUCCGGGAGCUGCUUUGGGAGAGCGUUGAGACGUGGGCGGCUACGAUCGACGAGUGGUACCACGCCGACUUCAACGAUUUGAACGUUGAAGAUAUGAACACGUUCGUGGCGAAGAACAUUAAAAACAUCAACCAACUUGAAAAGGGCCUGCCGAAGAACCUGAUCGUCCCGAAGCUGAGAGACGAGGUUGAAAUAAUGAAAAACAAAAUGCCGGUCAUUACGUAUUUGAGAAACCCGACGUUGAAGGGGAGACAUUGGAUCAGGAUAGAGAACAUUUUGAAUUACAAGUUUAAGCCUGAAGAUAUAAUGACGUUGGAAAUGUUGGAGAGUUUGAACGUUUUUAACUAUCCUGAUGAUUUGAUGGAGGUAUCUGGGCAAGCUAGUAGUGAAGCAGGAUUGGAGGCGCUGCUCAAGAAGGUUGAAGAGGCUUGGGAGGUACUGGAAUUCCCAGUUAUUCCUCAUAAGGAUGCCAAAGACGUUUACAUACUUGGGUCACUGGAGGAAGUACAGGCAGUCUUGGAUGAAAGCAAUAUAAACAUUAAUACCAUUGCCAGUUCGAGGCACGUUGGACCCAUAAAGAACAGGGUGGAUGAGUGGGCCAUCAAGUUGGAUCUUUUUUCCAAAAUUCUGGAUGAGUGGUACUCGUGCCAACAAAGUUGGAUUUACCUGGAGAUAAUAUUUUCUGCCCCUGAUAUUCAAAGACAGCUUCCCAAUGAAUCGAAAAUGUUUUUGGUUGUGGAUAAAUCAUGGAAGGAAAUAAUGAGAAGAACUGCCAAGAUGCCUUUGGCAAUGGAAGCUGCCAUGUUUCCAAACCUUCUGGAGACCUUUAAGAAAAACAACGAGAACCUGGACAACAUAAUGAAAUGUCUGGAAUCCUAUCUGGAAACCAAACGGGUGGCUUUCCCGCGCUUUUAUUUCCUAUCGAACGACGAACUUCUGGAUAUCCUGGCGCAAACCAGGAACCCGCACGCUGUCCAGCCGCAUUUGCGCAAAUGCUUUGACGCGAUUGCGAAACUGGAGUUUGGCUUGAAGGCGGUGGACGACAAUGUGGAAGAUGUCGACUCGAAGAAGAAGGAAAAAGCGCCCGAAAUGGUUCUCACCACCGACAUAAUCGCGAUGUUGAGCCCCGAAGGGGAGCGAGUGCCUCUGGGGAAGGGCCUCAAGGCCAGAGGCAACGUGGAGGAUUGGCUCGGCAAAGUGGAGGAGUCGAUGUUCUUUUCUCUGAGGAGAAUAAUGAAGGCUUCCCUGAUUGAUUACGCGUCUCGAGCUCGAAACGACUGGGUGGUUUGCCACCCCAAUCAAGUGAUACUCACCGUUUCGCAGAUAAAAUGGGCGCAAGGAGUGCACCAAAUUUUCAACAACAAUCCACCAGCGCAGGUGUCCAAGAAGUUGGAGGCUUACGAGGCAAAAUGCAUUACGGACUUAAAUAAUUUGGCUGUUUUGGUCAGAAGCGAUCUUUCUUCAGUGACCAGGAAGAUUUUGAUUGCUUUGAUUACCAUUGAUGUUCAUGCGAGAGAUACCAUACACAACAUGGUGGCUAGUGGGGUCAGCGAUAGUUCGAGUUUUGAAUGGCUAAAGGUUCUUCGAUACUACUGGGACGAAGCCAUAGAUGACUGCCUGGCGAGAAUGUCCAGCGGCAAAUAUGUAUACGGUUACGAAUAUCUGGGGGCUGGAGGCGUACUUGUCAUCACACCUUUAACUGAUAGGUGUUAUCUUUGCCUCAUGGGAGCCCUCCAAUUAGAUUUAGGUGGCGCCCCAGCCGGUCCAGCCGGCACGGGUAAAACUGAGACGACGAAGGAUCUGGCCAAGGCGUUGGCGAUUCAGUGCGUGGUGUUCAAUUGCUCCGAGGGCCUGGAUUUCAAGAUGAUGGGCCGGUUUUUCUCCGGUUUGGCGCAGUCGGGAGCCUGGUGCUGCUUUGACGAGUUCAACAGGAUCGACAUAGAAGUGUUGUCGGUCAUUGCCCAGCAAUUGAUCACCAUAAGGAAUGCCAAAGCCGCUAAAGUGUCUAGGUUUUAUUUCGAAGGAAGAGAAAUUAAGUUGGUUCAAAAGUGCGCAGCUUUUAUAACCAUGAAUCCCGGCUACGCUGGCAGAACAGAAUUGCCGGACAAUUUGAAAUCCCUUUUCAGACCCAUAUCCAUGAUGGUGCCGGAUUACGCUCUCAUAGCCGAGGUUAUCUUGUACUCGGAAGGGUUUGAGUCGUCGAAAGUGUUGUCGAGAAAGAUGGUGAACAUGUACAAACUUUGCAGCGAGCAGCUGUCGCAGCAAGACCACUACGAUUUCGGCAUGCGCGCCGUUAAAAGCGUGUUGGUGAUGGCUGGCGCCCUGAAAAGGGCCAAUCCUACGAGAAACGAGGACGUCGUCUUGAUCUGCGCAUUGCGCGACAGCAACCUGCCCAAAUUUUUGACCGACGAUGCCAUACUCUUUCAAGGAAUUCUCGGAGAUCUGUUUCCUGGCGUGGAGUUGCCCGUGGAAGAUUACGGCCUGUUCCAGGAAGCUAUUGUGGAAGUUAUGCUGGAGCAAAUAUUGCAACCUGAACUGCCAAUGAUCCAUAAAGUCAUACAGUUGUACGAAACCAUGAUUGUUCGUUGGGGGGUCAUGUUGGUUGGACCUACAGGCUCGGGAAAAUCUGCCAUACUAAAUACUUUGAACAUGGCUUUGACGAAAAUGUAUACCGACGAAAUCCCCGGGCCUUACUACCACCCCGUACACACUUAUUUCAUGAACCCCAAAGCCGUCACAGCUGGCGAAUUAUACGGAGAAGUUAACCCUUUUACUUUGGAAUGGAGGGACGGCUUGAUGGGCCUCAUGAUGAGGACUGCCGUUGUGGAUACAUCCGAAGAUCACCAAUGGAUCGUUUGUGACGGGCCGGUAGACGCAGUUUGGAUAGAAAAUUUAAAUACUGUGCUGGACGACAAUAAGAUGCUUUGUCUCGCGAACUCUGAGCGAAUUAAGUUGACCCCAUACGUUCACAUGGUUUUCGAGGUGCAAGAUUUGGCCCAAGCAUCCCCCGCCACGGUGAGCCGUUGCGGCAUGGUUUACGUGGAUCCCGACGAAAUCAAGUGGAUGCCCUUCGCGAAAUCGUGGUUGCAAAAGUUGAACGAAAACUUGGUCAAUCAAGAGAUGAAGGAUUUCGUUUUGACUCUUUUCGAGCACGCUGUGGAGAAUGGUUUCGUAUUUAUCAAGAAGAAUUGCGUUUUUUCAAUCAACCAAGUUGAGGUGAGCAAAGUAAAGAUGCUGUGCAACAUUUUCGAGAGCUACUUGCAAAUGCCAGGAGCGAUGGAUAAAAUCGGCGAGAAAAGGAAAGUUCGUAAAUUUUUGUGCCAGACGUUCGUAAUCGCGUACCUGUGGGGUCUUGGUGGAAAUUUAACGCAGGAUAGCAAAGAUAAAUUUGAAAGUUGCGUGAGAGAUCAAUUUGAUGAACAUCCCGAUGCGAGGUUGCCAACUGCCACUGAACUGUGGGGUGUUUACGUCGAUGUGGUUACUCACAAACUGGAAAUAUGGCAAAAAAUAAUUCCAAAGUUUAGGUACAAUGGCGAUAUACCGUUCUUUGAAAUGCUAGUCCCUACCAUAGAUACAGUGCGUUAUGGGCAUGUGAUGGAACGACUGAUAUACAUAGACCACCCAGUUUUGCUUACUGGAGACACCGGCGUUGGCAAAUCGGUGGUGGCGAAAGCCGUUUUGAACGCCCUUCAAGAAACCAACUUGUUUGUGCCGGUUUCUAUGAACUUCUCUGCACAAACGAGCAGCUUUAGGACGCAGGAAAUCAUCGAGCUCAAGCUCGAUAGAAAAAAGAAAACCCUACUGGGAGCUCCGGUGGGCAAAAAAGUUGUUAUAUUUGUCGACGAUGUCAACAUGCCCAAGUUGGAAACGUAUGGAGCGCAACCUCCCAUUGAACUGUUGAGGCAGUUUUUGGACUACGGCGGUUUGUACGAUAGAGAGAAGUUGUUCUGGAAGAAAAUCCAGGAUGUUAUCAUUACUUCCGCCUGCGCUCCACCUGGGGGAGGCAGAAACCCACUAACUCCAAGAUUUAUCCGGCAUUUUGGCAUUUUGUUGAUUCCGCCGCCCAACGAGUAUUCUCUCAAGGGAAUAUUCAGAGCGAUUCUCAAGGGCUUCUUCAAGGAGUUCUCCAACCAGGUGCGCGAUAUGGGCGAUUCCAUGGUGAACGCCGCAGUGGACAUUUACGAUAGAAUCGCAACCGAUCUUCUGCCGACCCCCGCGAAAUCUCACUACGUUUUCAAUCUCAGAGAUCUCUCCAAAUGCAUACAAGGAAUCACGCAGGCCGAUCCGGGGACGAUGAGAGAAGAGAGGGCGAUUACUAGAUUGUUUUAUCACGAGUGCCUUCGUGUGUUCCACGACAGAUUGAUAAACGUCGAGGAUAAAUCCUACUUUUACUUUCUCAUGAAGGAAAUUUGCAACAGGAACUUCGGCACGCCGGUUUUGAUGUUGCCCGAGGAAGAGUUGAUAACUGAACCGCCGGUUUUGCUUUUUGGCGAUUUUAUGACGUUUGGAGCGCCACGAGAGGACAGGCUUUACGAGGAGAUCAGUAAUUUGGAUAAAGUGAAGCACGUUCUGCAAGAUUACUUGGACGAUUUUAAUCUAAGCACCGCCAAAGAGAUGGACUUGAUAUUCUUUUUGGAUGCGGUGGAACACUGCGUCAGAUUGGCGAGAAUUUUGAGGUCUGAACGAGGUAACGCACUAUUGGUUGGCGUAGGCGGCAUGGGAAAACAAAGUUUGACCAAAUUAUCCUCCCAUGUUAAUGGUUACAAAUGUUAUCAAAUAGAGCUGACUAGGAACUACGACCAUGCAUCCUUUUUCGAGGAUCUAAGAAAAAUGUACUUUACUGCAGGUGGUUUGAACGAAAACACAGUCUUCCUGUUCACCGAUACCCAAAUAGUACAAGAAGAGUUCCUAGAGGACAUAAACAACAUUCUUAACUCUGGUGAAGUACCAAACCUAUUUGAAUCUGACGAGCUGGAAAGAUGUAUAAUUGCUUGCAGAGAUCCAGCUAAACAUGCAGGUGUUAGCGAAUCGAAUAGAGAUGGAAUUUUUGAAUUCUUUAUCAAUAGAGUUCGAGCCAAUCUACAUUUGGUCUUGUGUAUGAGCCCUGUGGGUGAUGCAUUUAGGAGGAGAUGUAGGAUGUUCCCCUCUCUAGUAAACUGUUGUACCAUAGAUUGGUUUGACAAAUGGCCCGAAGAAGCUUUGGUUUCGGUGGCAUUAAACAGCUUGAAAAACGUUGGCGACGAAGCGAUGGUUGCCAGUCUUGGCAAUAUAUGCGUGACGAUGCACAAGAGUAUGGAAAAGAUGACCGACAGAUUCUACAAAGAAAUGAAGCGCCACUACUACAUAACACCCAGCAGUUACUUGGAGUUGAUCAAACUGUUUAAAUCCCUCUUGACUAGACGCAAGGACACGAUAAACAAAACUAGAGACAAAAUAGACAAUGGGCUGAAGAAGAUCUACGAGACCAACGAAGUUAUCGACUCGAUGAAGGAAACUUUGAUCGCUUUGGAGCCGGAGCUGGCCAAAAAAUCGCAAGCAGCAGCGGAACUGAUGGUGUACUUGGCGAAAGAGCAGAAGGCAGCCGAUAAGGUUCGAAACGUGGUUAAAGGCGAUGAGGAGAAUGCCAAGGAGAAAGCUACAGUUACCCAGGCGAUAGCGGAUGAUGCCCAAAAAGAUCUGGACACGGCCAUGCCAGCGCUGGAGGCUGCGGUGCAAGCACUUUCAAGUUUGAACAAGAACGAUAUUAAUGAAGUUAAGGCGUUUAAUAAUCCGCCCAAAUUGGUGCAGUAUGUUAUGGAGUCUGUAUGCAUUUUGCUCAAUUCUAAGAUAACUUGGGAUUCUGCCAAGAAGGUUUUGGGUGACACGAACUUCCUAAAGAAAUUGCAAGAGUACGAUAAGAAUAACAUAAGCGAUGUAGUGUUGAAAAAACUACACUCCUAUAUAGUGAAUCCUGAUUUUGUUCCGGAAAAAAUUGCAAAUGUAUCGAAAGCUUGCAAAAGCUUGUGUAUGUGGGUGAGAGCCAUGGACAUGUAUGCCAAAGUGUUUAAAGUUGUGGAACCUAAACGAAAAAAACUUGCCGAAGCUGAAAAAGAACUCAACCAAACGAUGGCAUUGCUACGUGAUAAGCAAAAGCAACUGGCCGAUGUUGAAGCUAUGAUUGCUGGUUUGGAAGCUACCUUUGCGAAGACAAUCGAUGAAAAACAAGCUUUAGAAGACAACAUGGAACUCACAGCGAACAGAUUAAACAGGGCCGGAAGAUUAAAUGUCGCCUUGGGCGAUGAACAGACUAGAUGGGAGGAAAGCGUCAAGCAAUUUGCAGUGGAGUUAAACAACGCAAUUGGCGAUGCAAUGAUGGCAGCUGGUUGCGUAGCAUAUCUUGGUGCUUUCACCAACUUUUACAGAGUUCAGUUGGUGAACUCGUGGGAGAGGAAAUGCAAAAAACAUGGUAUACCUGCGUCAUCAAAUUUUAGUUUGAUCAACAUUUUGGCGGACCAAUACGAAAUCCGCAUGUGGAACACUUACGGCCUGCCGAGAGACCUGGUUUCCACGGAAAACGCUAUUUUGGUGACGAAAGCUUCUCGAUGGCCCUUGAUGAUAGAUCCGCAGGAGCAGGCUUGCCGAUGGAUAAAAAAUAUGGAGGCUGGAAACACGCUGCAAGUUAUAAAACUGACCGACGGGAAUUUCAUGAGGAUUUUGGAGAGCGCCGUCAGAAUAGGAAUGCCCGUUUUGCUCGAGGAGGUGGGCGAGACUCUCGAUCCCACGUUGGGGCCGAUUCUGCUGAGACAAACUUUUGUUCAAGGCGGAAGACUGUUGAUCCAUCUGGGAGACUCUGACGUGGAAUACGAUCAGAAUUUCAAGUUCUACAUCACCACAAAAUUGUCGAAUCCCCACUACCUACCGGAAAUAUGCAUUCAAGUCACAAUAGUUAACUUCACCGUGACGCCAAGCGGUCUAGAGGACCAACUUUUGGCUGACGUUGUACGUUUGGAGAGACCCGAUUUGGAGGAGCAACGUAACGAUUUGGUGGUGAGAAUCAACACCGACAAGAAUCAAUUGAAGGGGAUAGAGGAUAAAAUAUUGUUCCUCUUGUACAACUCCAAAGGAAACAUCCUGGACGACGAGGAGUUGAUUGAAACGCUGAACGAAUCCAAGGAAACUUCGGCAAUUAUCGAAGCGAGGUUGGUGGAAACUGAGGCAACGGAGGAGAAAAUUUCGAUUGCUCGCGAAAAGUACCGCUCGGUGGCUACGAGAGGUUCCGUGUUGUACUUUGUGGUUGCCGGGUUGAGCGAAAUCGAUCCCAUGUAUCAGUACUCUCUGAAAUACUUCAGCCAGAUUUUCAACAACGUUAUAGUCACCAGCGCGAAAAACAAAGACCUGAAUUUAAGGCUUCAAACCCUCUACCAAGAAAUAACCCUGGCUGUGUACACGAACGUGUCUAGAGGUUUAUUCGAGCGGCACAAGCUCGUCUACAGCUUCAUGUUGAACAUAGCGAUUUACCAGGAAAAGAAGAUCAUCAACGAGGUACAAUUAAACUACCUGCUUAGAGGUCCCAUAGGUUUUAAAGGUCCCGUCCCCAAGAAACCCGAUUAUCCGUUGAUAACCGAGCAAAUGUGGAUGGCGGUCAACUUUUUGAGCAUCACUUUUCCCAAGUUUAAGGAACUGCCCGCUGAGGUCGUCAAAGGUAUUAAGAUUGGCAUCGGAGAUUAUUCAUUGUACAUACAGUUGGUCCCUGGCUGCCCCGCAAGCGCCUUAAACUGGAACGCAGAAUUGGACGACUUCGAAAAGUUAUUGCUUUUAAAAACUUUGAAGGAAGAGAAGGUUGUCUUUGGCAUCACAGAGUAUGUAAGGAUGAAACUUGGACAAGUUUUCAUAGAAAGUCCGCUGGUAUCAUUGAACCUUCUAUACUUGGACACCUCAAACGCUGUACCUCUAAUAUUUGUGCUCAGUACAGGGUCAGAUCCCUUUGGGGCAUUUCAAAGAUUCGCUAUUGAAAUGAAUUACAAGGACAAAAUUAAAUCCAUUUCCCUGGGUCAAGGACAAGGUCCCGUCGCCGAAAAACUGAUUAACGAUGCCCUGAUCUCAGGAGAAUGGGUCUUCCUACAGAAUUGUCAUUUGGCCACCUCUUGGAUGUUGUCUUUGGAAAGAAUAGUUCUGAAAAUUUCCGAAAAUGCCAAAAAUGUGCACGAAUCGUUUAGGCUUUACAUGAGCUCGAUGCCCAGCAAGUCUUUUCCUGUGUCGGUAUUGCAGAAUUCUGUAAAAGUCACGAAUGAACCUCCCAAGGGCUUGAGAGCGAAUGUCAAGAGAGCGUUCACUGAUAUGACCGAGGACUUCUUUAAAAACGACUUAAAGCAAGACUGGCACGCCAUGCUGUUUGGUCUAUGCAUGUUUCACGCUAUAAUUCAGGAACGAAAAAAGUUUGGGCCUCUUGGUUGGAACAUCACAUACGAGUUUAACGAUAGUGAUAGGGAAUUCGGUUUUAACACGUUAAAAAUGUUUUGCGAAAAUAAAACUAUACCGUGGGAUGCUUUGGAAUACCUCACAGGCGAAAUAACUUACGGUGGCAGAGUGACUGACUACUGGGACUUGCGAUGUUUGAAGACUAUAUUGAAAAUAUUUUUUUCGCCUCAAAUUUUGGCGCCAGGUUACGUUUACUCGAAAUCCGGAACGUACUUUUGCCCGCAACUCGAAACACUACAAGAAUAUCGGGAUUUUAUCGAGGGGCUGCCGAUAAUGGAAGAACCUGAAAUAUUUGGAAUGCACGAGAAUGCCAAUAUCGCUUACCAAAUUAAAGAAACUCAAAAUUUGAUCGGCACUAUAAUGGAAAGUCAGCCGCAGACGUCAGGGGGCGCUGAAGGCGCUUCAAGCGACGAAAUAGUGUACGAACUGGCCGAAAAUGUAAUUGCGACGAUUUUACCCAAAAUUCUAACCGACGACAUAAAUGUGAAAAUGUUUAUUAAAGACGACAAGGGUAGACUACCCUCUCUCACCACGGUUUUAACCCAAGAAAUCGACAGAUACAAUAUUUUGCUGAAAUUGAUUCAUUCGUCGAUGGGCGAACUCAAAAAGGCCAUCAAGGGUUUCGUUGUCAUGUCCGACGCUCUGGAAGAAGUUUUCAAGGCUUUUAUGAACAACCAAGUGCCCAAAAUGUGGUCUGCAAAGUGUUACAAUUCGCUGAAGAGCCUGGGCAGUUGGGUGCACGAUUUGGCUUUGAGGCUCGAUUUUAUAUCUAUGUGGGUUAGAUAUGGGCACCCGAUAUCAUAUUGGAUAUCGGGCUUUUACUUUCCACAAGGAUUUUUAACCGGAACUCUGCAAACUCACGCAAGAAAAUACAAUUUACCUAUAGAUGAACUCAAAUUUGAUUUUAUCCCCAGAAAGGUUUAUUUGGACCAGGAAGAAGUUUACAAGUUUCAUGUAGAGGAAGGAAAAGAAAAUUUUGACCUUUACAAACCUUUAAUAAGACCCAACGAUGGUGUGAUAAUACAUGGGUUGUUUGUGGAUGCGGGACGUUGGGAUAUCGACCUAAUGAAACUUGUAGAUGCCAAACCAGGCGAGAUCAGUCCACCUCUCGUUGCCUUAACCUUGGUCCCCUCCACCCAUCUAGCGGAAAAAGACAGAUACCCGGCCCCCCUGUACAAAACCUCCGUAAGGGCCGGAGUGCUUUCCACCACUGGACACAGCACAAAUUUCGUGAUUGCCGUUUUGCUGCCCUCAAACUUUCUUCCAGCUUACUGGAUACUUAAGGGAACCGCUUUGUUGACUCAGAUUACAGAUUAAUUAGUUUUAAGCGCCAAUAAAGUUUGCA